AUGGUUGAGAGUUACAAAGUGUCACCUCAAGAUAGGGCUCGUAAGCGCGAGGAGUUGGCAUGUGUUCCGCUCAUUGACUUGGAUAGGCUGUGCGACCCCUCGCGAAGGCCGGUUGUGGUAGAGGAGAUUGCAAAUGCCUGUCGGCUCUAUGGUUUCUUUCAAGUAAUAAAUCACGGGAUACCUGAGCCUAUACUCAACAAAGCUCUUUCAGUUGCCACCGAUUUCUUCAAUCUGCCGACUCAAGACAAGGCCAAGCUGAUGUCUAACAACGUGUAUGAACCGGUCAGAUACUGCACGAGCAUAAAAGAUGGCUUGGACCCGAUCCCGUACAGGAGGAACAUUCUCAAGCACUAUGCAAAUCCUUUGCAAGACUGGAUAAAAUUAUGGCCAGAGAACCCAUCUGAUUAUAGGCAGAAAAUGGGAGAAUAUGCCAAGGCAGUGCAAGAGCUAUCCGUAAAAAUCAUGGAGGCCAUUACAGAGAGCCUCGGGCUAGGCUCUUCAUACCUUAGCACCGAACUAAACCAAGGCAUGCAAGUGAUUGCCGUCAAUUGCUACCCGCCCUGCCCGGAGCCCGAACUCUCGCUCGGCUUGCCGCCCCACUCAGACUACAGUUGUCUCACGAUCCUCAACCAAGACUCGUUCGGCCUCGAGAUUCUCGAUUUUGAAGACGAAGCUUGGAAGGGCAUUCCGGUAAUUCCGGGAGCCCUCCAAGUCAACGUAGGGGACCACCUGGAAAUACUAAGCAACGGGAAGUAUAAGAGCGUGGUCCACAGGGCCACGCUGAACAGCGGCAAGCAGAGGAUCUCGAUUGCUAGCCUUCAUAGCCUGGGGAUGGACGUGAAAAUUGGGGUGGCUAAGGAGCUGGUCGAUGAACACCAUCCGAACGGGUACAAAGAGAGCAGCUUCAGGGAUUUUCUGGAUUUCAUUUCCAGGAAUGACCUUGGGAAAGGAUGCAGUUAUCAUGAUACAAUCAAGAUUCAAGAGUAA